AUGAGUUCCGACAGAUUGGAAGAGAAACACGGCGUCGGCAAAGAGCCUUCCCCAUACGGUACGGACGUGCAGCCAGGAGAGAUCGCCGAUAAUGCAGACCAACUUCAUCGCUCCCUCGGAAACCGCCAGAUUCAAUUGAUCGCAAUUGGAGGCUCCAUCGGCACGGCCCUCUUCGUGAGUAUUGGAGGCGCCCUCAACAAGGGCGGCCCGGGCAGCUUGCUCCUGGCCUACCUCAUCUAUAGCUUCCUCCUGGCCAUGGUCAACAAUUCCAUUGCCGAAAUGUCCACCCUGAUGCCCGUCAGCGGCGGAUUCAUUCGCCUGGCGGGCAAAUGGGUAGACGACGCCUUCGGCUUCAUGGCCGGGUGGAAUUUCUUCUUCUACGAGGCACUGCUGAUCCCCUUUGAGAUUACUGCUCUUAACCUCGUGCUCUCGUUCUGGCGAGAUGAUAUUCCCACAGCUGCUGUGUGCGCUGCUUGUAUCGUGCUCUAUGCUCUAUUGAACAUUCUUGCCGUCAAAGCGUACGGUGAGGCCGAAUUCUGGCUUUCGGGAGGGAAGGUAUUCCUCAUUACCAUCCUGUUCUCGUUCACCUUCUUCACCAUGGUGGGAGCGAACCCUAAACACGACCAUUACGGAUUCCGUAACUGGAACAGCCCUGGCGCCUUUGCAGAAUUUCAUACCACCGGCAACCUUGGUCGUUUCGAAGGCUUCCUGGCCGCGCUCUGGUCCGCUUCCUUUACGGUCGUUGGCCCCGAGUAUAUAUCUAUGGUGGCCGCCGAAUCUAAACGCCCACGCGUCUAUAUCAAAAAUGCCUUCAAAACUGUCUACUGGCGGUUCGGCAUCUUCUUCAUUUGCGGUGCUCUAUGUGUCGGCAUUGUCCUCCCAUCCAACGACCCGACCCUGGUUGAAAUCCUCGGUGGUUCAUCAGGCGGCGCCGGCACCGCAGCUGCUUCCCCCUAUGUCAUUGCGAUGAAUAACCUUGGAAUCGGCGUUCUACCCCAUAUUACCAAUGCUCUCAUGGUGACUUCUAUCUUCUCUGCUGGUAAUACCUACACCUACUGCGCCACCCGAAGUCUAUACAGCUUGGCUCUAGAAGGCCGCGCCCCGAAAUUCUUAAGACGCUGCACUCGAAAGGGUGUACCUAUUUAUUGCUUCGUUGUGGUCAUGCUGUUCCCACUGCUCUCCUUCCUACAGGUAUCGAGCAGCUCUUCUCAAGUACUGACAUGGCUCGUGAACCUCAUCACUGCUGGCGGUGUUAUCGAUUACUUCGUGAUGUGCGUCACCUACAUCUUCUUCUAUAAUGCUACCAAAGCGCAAAAUAUUGACCGCAAAACGUUCCCAUACUGUGGAUACUUCCAGCCUUACUCGGCCUGGAUCGGCGCCACCGGAACGGGCCUUGUUGUCUUAUUCUACGGAUACUCGAGCUUUACUCCCUGGAGUAAUGACGAAUUCUGGUCCCAUUACACUAUGGUUAUCGUGGCCCCCAUUCUCUUCGUGGGAUGGAAGCUUAUCAAACGUACCAAGUUUGUUAGCGCGACCGAGGCAGAUCUUGUGUGGGAGCGCCCAAUCAUCGAUGCGUACGAGGCAUCGUUCAUGGACCCACCUAUGAGCUUCUGGACCGAGAUGAUGCAGCUGAUUGGUUUAAGGAGACACUUGAAUGAUGAAAAGCGAGUGGAAGCCAUGGUGGAAAAUUGA